CCAAAACAUAGCCUCCUAUUAAUAUAAAUUGAACAGGAGGCUAUGCCGCUAUGACCAAAAAGACCAAAACCAUGUCUGUGUACUUUAUAUAAAUCUCUCGAGCACUAUUAUGACUCUAUUUUUAAAGAACUAUUGAGUGUCUAUUCAGCAGUGCACAACAAGCCAAGAUAAUCAUGGCGAUCGUGUCUAAACUCCUCGGCCUUACCAAAAGACGAAAAUCAUAUAUGUCUAUGGAAGCGAAUGAUUCGAUAUCGAUGAAGUCAGAAAAUUACAGUUCUCCAAUCUAUAUUCAGGAUGCUAGUCUCUGCAGUUCUGUGAAGGACUCAAAUCGGCUUCAAUCGAUUUCUGAAGACGACAUCAGUGCGGUUGUUGUGUCUGACUGCUUUACAGACAUGUGCACUAACAAUGUUCUAACUAAUAGUAAUAUGGCCAUUCCUUGUCGUAAAGGAUAUUAUGUUCAGUAUAAAACACGGGACCAUGUUGUAGCAGGAAAGUACAAGGUAGAAGAACGGAAUGCAGCAGAUUUGAUCUUGAGCGCCAAUAAGAACGGCAUCGUUGCUUAUAAUUUGGAGAAUAUGGAGAUACUGUAUCAAUAUCCUUGGGCGUCCAUUGAAAAUAUCCGUCACGAAGAUAAUACCCUCAAACGUACCGAUUCUAGGAGCAAGUCUUCAAAAGACUUUUUGGGUGUGCAUCGCAAGGAUGGGGGUGUCUUCGUUAUAGAAUCUGACCACAUCAGUGAAUUCAAAGAAGCAAUUUUCAAGCAUCACACAGAUCCGGGAACGCUGAAAUGGAUCGACACCAAACUGGCUAUAAAAGCCAACGCACACCGGUACAUGUAUAUUUAAGCAAUCAUAUUCAGGGAUUGUCAAGUUAAAAGCGCCGUUGACGUGUAGUACUAAUCAAAUGUACUGCACGACGACUAUUUGCGUAUGUUAAGCAAUCAUAUUCAGGGAUUGUUAAGUUAAAAGCGCCGUUGACGUAUAGUACUAAUCAAAUGUACUGCAUGACGACUAUUUGCGUAUGUUUUCGCUUGAGCGAAAAAAGUUAUUAAUACCAAAUCUGCUGCCCAUGUAUGUCAGUUAAUUCUAGAUACACGCAGCGAUAUCACAUGUAUUCAAUUUUUAAAAAUUAGUAUAUUUAUAAAAUAAACACAGCAACCCACAGUGCA